UUGUUUUUAUUCUCCAUCAGUGUUGCUCAGAGUCAGUCAACACUGGAGGCCAAACUGAAGGCCCUGCAGUGUCACUUCACCUGGGACAUCAACCCCAGCAGGUCCAAACUUUUAUGUGUCAAGGAGGAGCUGGAGGACAUCGGCACAGAGGAGGGAAACAGCUGGCUGGGUCACAUUUACAACCUGCAGGGGUACAUUCACUACCAGCUGGGCUCCACUGAAGACGCCCGGCGUUUCUUGAGCAAAGCCGCAGAGGCCUUCCGCCGGUCAAGAAACACCGUCUCAGAUGAAGGUCCCUGGUUGUUGGUGAACUACGGGAACCUGGCUUGGCUGCACCACCACCUGGGAGAACAAGCAGAGUGUCAGACUUACCUGUCAAAGGUCGACACCCUGCUGAAAGAAUAUCCAUCUCCAUCCCAUGACGAGCUCCAUCCAGAGAUCUACGCUGAAAAAGCCUGGACCCUGAUGAAGUUCGGCAAAAAUAAAAAGCCUCUGGUGGCAGAUUACUUCCAGAGAGCCAUCAGGAUGCAGCCGGACAUGGUGGAGUGGAACACCAGCCGUAUCAUAGCGUUAGUGAAUGCUGUUAGGUUCGACAACACACCAGUGGGGGACGACGUCCUGGAGGAAAUGAGAAUGGCCAAGGAACAGGAUCCAGAGAACUUGUACCUUGCUGCUCAGUACCUUGAGCAACGUGCUAAGACAGGAGAAAGAAUUAAAGAUGAAGCACGUGAAUUAGCCAGAAAGGUUUUGGAAAAUCCUGUCAGCAGCUACAGUGGUAUCAAAGUGUUAUUAAAUGUUUACAAAUACUAUGUAUCUGUUGAUGAAGCUGUUGCUCUGGCAGAGGAGGCUCUGAAAAAGCAUCCAGAUGAACGUUACCUGAAGAGAUGUGCUGCACUCUGCUACAGAUGGAGGAUUGUUUUGGCCAGGGACAGACGCUUAAAGCAAAGCACGAUAGACAGAGGAAUCAGUCUCCAUAAAGAAUUGAUUCCUCUUUACACUGAUUCACUUCUGAACAAAAUAACCCUCGCAAAUAUAUACGCAAAGUCAAAUCAUAGCCAGUAUGAAGCUGAGAAGAUUUACCAGGAACUACUAGAAAUGGAUCUGGAACCUUCAGAGAAACAGUUGAUUUACAACUACUACGCAAAACACUUAAACAUUGUUCGACGAGAUUACAACGGGUCGAUAGAAUAUCACAUGAAGGCAGCAGAGAUACCGCACCAAUCUUACUAUCGAGAGUACAGCAUCAAAUUUCUGAGGAAGAUUAAAGAAAAAAACAGGAGCCGAAGGUGUGGAGAAAUAGAGGAGUUACUGGCCAAACUGGAAGUCUAGAAAAUCCUAAAUCUAGUAGAAAGUGAAGGCACGAUAUGUUUUUGGAUUCAUACAUAACUUUGGUGUUUUCUAUAUAACUGGUGUGUUGAUUUUGUUUUGAUUGUUGUUUGAAGUUUAAAUAAGAACAUAAUGCACUUUGUAUGAAAUAUGCUUUGCUGUAAGCUUUGUGGUAGUGAAAAAUAAAACUGUCUGAUGAGAAAUGUAAAGAUUAAUAUGAUGUAUAACCUGAAUAUAAUCACAAAGUGGAACUGAUUGUGUUGGUAGAAACUUGUAUCUCACUUGUACACUAUACUAAUACUAUUAAAUAAACAAUAUAAAAUCUAAUAUGUUUGUUUUGGUGGUUCAUUUACAAGAUAUUCAUGUUCUCUAUGAAUUAUGAAGGGAUCUUCUAAUGGUCAGUAUGAAGAGGAGGAAUGAUUACAGCAAGAAAAACAGGUUUAAUUUUCA